AGUUAACGAACGAAAUGUUUAAUGUUACGAGGGUAUAGGAAAUCGUCCGGGAAAAUUUUUCUGUCCGUCUAUAGGAGGUGUCCGCUUUAGAGUAGGUCCGCUUUAAGAUUAGAACUGUUUUCGUUUCUAGUAAAUUCCACUAUUUUUACCUAUAGAUGGUUUUUUUUUAUUUCAGAUUUUUAUGGAAGAGGCUUUUACAUUGAUAAUACAUCUGGGUUUGUCUAUGUCUGCAUGAGUCAGCAUGUAACAAGUCAAAUACCAGCAUGUUACUUCACAGAUGAUGAUGGUGCAGGAUGGAUACGGUUGGACAGCAGAAUCGGGUGUGUGCUGGGACAUGAUAAUAGUCGUGUUUUGUAUGCAAUAGCGCGCAAUCAGAUCACGUAUAUGAAACAUAACAGCACAGAAGAUGAGUGGUACCCAGUAACUGACAACGCUUUUCCAAUGAAUAAUUUUCAAUUCAAAAAUGUUGAAAAUGCAGAAGGGAUUAAGGCAAGGCAUUUGCCACCUGCCCAGUACACUAAACAACUGAUCUCUGGAAAACAGUGGACCGGUACAGACCAUGGUCUGUUUUACCGCCGAACAAGUGGACACGAUUGGGUGCUGCGAGCAAGAUGGAGAUUGUAGAACUGUGUGCUGAAUAAAAUGAAUUACGAGUGAUCACUAUUUUAAGUUUUUUGCUUAUCCGCGUGUUUAUAGGGACAUUCCAAAACAUUCACCUCACGAUAUACAUGCAAAAAUGGUUAUAAAUUUACGUCACUUUUUUUGUAAAUACCACUGUAGUGUUUUUUUUACAGUUAUAUAUGUAAUUUUUAUUUAAAAGGGAUGCGUAAAAAUAGCUUUGUAUUUGUUUUGUUUAAGUAUAUAUGUUUUUAUGUAUGUAAUUAUGCAUAUAAAUUGAUUUUUGUGAGAGAUUACAAUAGCCUUAAACCUUAUACGCAUUCCCCGGGGAAAUAUGCAUAAUUUUGAAUUGAUCAUCUUUCCCGUAUUGUAUAUAUCGCUAAUUUUAUUAAUUCAC